UCCUUUUUCCUUUUUUUACAAGCCUCUGCUGCUGCAAUCAUGGCGGCGGUGGUACAGGAGCAGGUACCGGACCCUAAACCCGAAGAGCUGGACAGCGUCCUAAAUGGUGAGGUAGAGGAGAAAGAAGGCGCCGACCCGGCCGGAGAGACAACGAAAAAGAAGAAGAAAAAGAAGAAGAAGAGCAAGUCUGCAAACACGGUUGCUGAGCCCGCGGUGGAUGAGGUGGCUGAAGUGACCAAACAACUGGAUAAACAGGCCGUUGAGGACAAGGAGGAGGACGGGGAGGACGAUGGAGACGAUGGAGAUGCAGGGGGCAAGAAAAAGAAGAAGAAGAAGAAGAAGAAGAAAGGAGCCAAAACACAGACUGACCCACCAUCGGUGCCUAUCUUUGACCUGUACCCCAGUGGCGUGUUCCCCGUGGGACAGGAGUGUGAAUAUCCUCUCGCUCAGGACGGUCGCAGCGCCGCGUGGCGUACGACCAGCGAGGAGAAGCGUGUGAUGGACAAGGCCAACGAGGAGGUGUGGAACGACUUCCGGCAGGCGGCCGAGGCCCACAGGCAGGUCCGGCAGCACGUCCGCAGCUUCAUCAAGCCCGGCCUCACCAUGAUCGAGAUCUGCCAGCGCCUGGAGGACUGCUCCAGGAAGCUGAUCAACGAGAGCGGGCUGAACGCGGGCCUGGCCUUCCCCACCGGCUGCUCCCUGAACCACUGCGCCGCGCACUACACCCCUAACGCCGGGGACCCCACCGUGCUGCAGUACGACGACGUGUGCAAGAUCGACUUCGGCACGCACAUCAACGGGCGCAUCAUUGACUGUGCCUUCACUGUCACCUUCAACCCAAAGUAUGACAAGUUACUGGAGGCCGUGAAAGACGCCACCAAUACAGGCAUUAAGGCCGCCGGGAUCGACGUUCGUCUUUGUGACAUCGGAGAGUCGAUCCAGGAAGUGAUGGAGUCCUACGAGGUGGAGCUGGACGGGAAGACCUACCAGGUUAAGCCAAUCAGAAACCUGAACGGCCACUCGAUCGGCCAGUACAGGAUACACGCCGGCAAGACCGUGCCCAUCGUCAAGGGAGGAGAGGCGACGAGAAUGGAGGAAGGAGAGGUUUAUGCCAUCGAGACGUUCGGCAGCACCGGGAAGGGCAUGGUCCACGACGACAUGGAGUGCUCUCACUACAUGAAGAACUUCGAUGUGGGCCACGUCCCCAUCAGGCUGCCCCGGGCGAAGCACCUUCUCAACGUGGUCAACGAACACUUUGGCACGCUGGCCUUCUGCCGGCGCUGGCUGGACCGCCUUGGCGAGAGCAAGUACCUGAUGGCGCUGAAGAACCUGUGCGACCUGGGCAUCAUCGACCCCUACCCCCCGCUGUGCGACUCAAAGGGCUGCUACACGGCGCAGUUCGAGCACACCAUUCUGCUGAGACCCACCUGCAAGGAGGUGGUGAGCCGAGGCGACGACUACUGAGUGUCACUCCGCACCGGACCUCCACUAAACUGCACCCUACCCCUACCGUAACCCCUUCCUCUCCCCCAGCACCUUGCGUUCCACUUUACUCCCCUUCAACCAGAGAAUGAACCCCCGAUACAAUCUUGGCAUGCGCUCCGAAACCAGGAAAGAAAACACAAACGCAGGACGCCGUAAUCUGCUCGGUCUUUUGUCGACAGCAGCUGCGGCCGUGAUGCGUGGAUGCUACUGUGAACCAACCGAAGCAGAAUGCUAUUAUGUUUUCAUAGGCGUCAAUAUUAAAUCUAGCUUGCAGGAGGGAACUUUCUUUUGUUCUCGCUGAUGGCUGAAAUGGGUCCGUUUAUUCAGGGUGUCGGCUUAUCCAGACAUUUAAAUAAAGGAAGCAUUUGGCUUCCCCGACACACUGGUGUGUCCCUACAAUCUCUUGCAGACCUCAUUUUACACAUUAAGAAAAGGUUAACUGUCAAACAGUUCAAUAUAUUUAAGCUAAUGCUACUUUGAUUGUAACCACAGUAUUGGAACAGCUUGUGCAAGGAGGGAAAACCCCAUUUAACUAUUCCACCUGAUUCUUUUUUUGCUUAAGCAUUACAUAAGUUACCCGUGCUAGCGACAGCCAAAUACCUAGUUCGCGUUCAGGCAGUGUUCGUACGGCCGGACCCCCGUUCAAGGUGUCAACUUUCUAUACAGACAACGCUUCAUCAUGGCUGUAUGUUUAGCCUCAACUCUGAGGGAGUGGACUAUGCACAAGCUCUCCCCUCCCCACUCCAGUCACCGUUUAUUUUGAAAUAGCUGCCGCCACUGUAUGUUGCCAGUAUGUUAUGCUUCAUUACAAAGUUCAAUGAAAACAGAUUUUGUAAGAUUAAAAUGUUGCUCUCAUUUUGUCUGUCGUUUGUAGAUUAAUAACUUGUCUUUUACCAGAACUCUCCUUAAAACCAAUCAUGAAAUAUACGCGCACUUAAAAAAAUGAAAAAAUAUUCCCAUUUUUAUUGAGGUAAUUUUCUCUAGAAAAAAAACUUUGAGGUAACAAAUUGCAUAGUAUAACUUCGAUCGUUGUACACACGCACACACAUACCAACCCACAUUCAUGAAGGGAAUCAAUGACGACCAGGGUUUAAAAACAUUGAUAUAAAAUGGGAUCUAGGAGCACCGUUUACCUUUUAUGUAGUUGACUCUCUGCCAUUUAAAACAUGAACACAGCAGGACCAAUUAGAGGUUUACUCAAAGGUGCACGCGGUCAUACCAACAGCCCAAGACGCACAUGUGGCUGGAGAACAGACAUUUUCGGUUUAGUCCUUUCUUAUCUGCUGGUGUGGAUCAAACAAUCAAGAGGGUCCAUGAUUCAAUCACUGUAUAAAACACUUUAAAAAUAGUUCACUGCCUCAACGGAUUGUAUUAAAAAUACAUUCGUAUUCCAAAUGCUGGUCAGGGAGGGACUGCAGCCGGAACCAGGCCAGCUAUUGAUAUGAACAUUCAUUAUACUGAAAGAGGAAUUAUAAAAAAAUAAAGACUUCAAC